AGCCAAGAUUCUUUUUGGGCUUACUCCAGACUCCUGUGCUUUGUUGGGCCCGGAUCAUCGGCGGAUGUGUGCUUUGAGAAAAAACACUACACGACACCUGAUCGGUAGAGUUCCGAGUGGCUUGGAUCUAGGACUCCUUGUUUUUGUAGCACCGCCGACGUACCACAGAUAAUUGGAUACUCGACUCUCGAGUUGAGUUUGCGGAGCAGUUCAGCUAGCUUUUGCUGACCUCGCAAGCAGCUCCUCUUUGGCGUUUGCAGUGUGCCAUUGAGCGUCUGGUAGCAAGCUGACGACAACUGAGCUGGAGACCGGCCCUGUGCCUGUAGGCUGUACUGCAAAGCAGCAACAGUCUUUUGAUCGGAGUAGAUCUGCCGAGUGUGUGCAAGCGCUCAGGACGUGUGGACGGGUUGAGCGAAUAUGAUCUGUUGAUAGGCUAACCCCGUACUAACUUCCACUACUGUAUAUUACUACCACUAGCACUAGUCCUCUCACUGGUCUCCUGUACGGGCGAGAAAGUCUGCAGCUCGCUUGCAGAAAGAAAGACCCGAAGACCGUGUACGACACCGGCGGCACUCCCGCGUUCGACCAAACCAGAAUCGUUCGCUGGCGAUCCGAGUUGGGAUCGAUUUCACCGGCGGCCAACGGACGGUGACGGCUGACUCUUGAACAAUCGAUUGGUGUGUACGCGGGAGCGCGCAAGGGAAGCGAAAUGUUCCGAGGCGGCGGAGGAGGUCGUCCCAAUAACGUCAAGUAUCAAGACUUCGAGGACGUGGCCAAAAGCGAUCAGUUCGGAAAAGCGCCGGUGCAGAAUGACGACGCUUUCAUGCAUGGCGUGGUGUGCAAGGCCAAGUUUAUUGGCAGCAUGGAAAUCCCACGCCCUAAGAGCAGACCCGAGAUCAUUUCCAACAUGCGCCGCAUUCGUUACGAGUAUAAAGCCCGCAAUGUUGUCAAGGUCAAAGUCAAGAUUCGCAUCUCGGUGAGCGGACUGUCAGUGACAAAACGGCAAAAGAAGAAGAGACGUAGACGUAGCACACUGCUCACCGACACACAACCUGAGGUCAUUCUAGAGAGUCCCAUUUAUCGAGUGUUCUUCGUCUCACAUGACUCAUUGGAUCGCCAGAUAUUCAGUUUGGUGUGUCGGGCUGAGCUUGAGGGCGGAAAGAAGUGCUUCGUCUGUGCGGUGUUCAAGGCUUACAAGAAGUCACAUGCCCUGCGUAUUGUGAGAACCGUGGGUCAAGUCUUCGACGCUGUAUGCCGCCUUCAAGACACGGAUGAAGCGAAGAACAUUCCAGGGCUACUACCACCGGAGAAACUUGCCAAGCUCAAAGAACAGAAGGAGGCAAGUGAGACGACUGAGGCUGAAGCCAAGGCUCUGGAAGCGCUCCAAGAAGCCGAGGAUGCCUCCAGGGCUCUUGAUGAAUCCACAGCCGACCAUGAUGCUGCGGCUGCAGCACCGAGCACACAGGCUAAUUCAGAGCCACUCAUCCAGUUUGAUGACAACUAUGAGAUGCAGGUGAAAUCAUUUGAGGAGCAGCAGACAUCCGAGCAAUACAAUGCACAGCAAGCGGCCAGGUUAGCAAAUGCCAACCAAGUGCACAAGACGGAAUCAGCCGACCUGAUGCGAGAGUUUGGUCUGAGCGUGGACCAGCAGCGCUUCCUCCUCAACAACUACACGGUGCCUGGUCAGCCGAAUGCCGCCAGGGCCGGCGCAGGUACUGCUGCUGCUGCUGGCAGUGGACUGCCGUCGCCACCUCCUGCUGGUAGUCGUGGUAUUCUACCACCACUUCAGAGAACACAACUAAGUGUCACCUCGAAUAAUAUGCCCGAUGACUCAUUGAUGAUGAACCUUGACCAGACUGAUGGCGGUGACACUUCGCGGGAGCUGCUCGACUCCGGCUCCCCAAUAGAUGUCUACUCCGAUCCAAACAAUUUCUCUCCGGAUGAGUCCAAGCGGUUACUCCCGCGCCUCUUUGCCGUGCAACGCGCUCAGUCUGCACAGCUACAGCUCCUGCAAGAUCAGCUUUCUGCCGAGACGAGGCAACGUGUGGUUGCUGAGGCUAAGGUUGAGCAUCUUCUACAGCAGAACAAAGAACUCGCCGAUCACGUCACCUGGCUAGUGCAGCAGGUGAAAACACAGGCUGGGUCCGCACCGGAGCUUCCUCCUACCAAGAGGCACAUCCCCACAUCUGAAGGCGCGGCAGCAUCAUCAGAUACCAACCCCUUGGUUGGCUUUGACGACAGUUUUGUGCCACCACCAACCACUGCCAUGACAGUGCACAAUGGAGUACCGACGUCUCUAGCCAUGCACAGCAAGAAACCGAGCUCUUCAGACUCUGAGUCUGACUCAGACAAUGAGGAAGAAGGCACCGAGGUUGCCUCCGUUCGAACAGCUGGCACUGAGGUUUCUCCCACGCCGUAUGGCCGACUGGGUGAUAGUACUACGGACGAUGAGCUUGAUGGACAGCAUGCGAAUGCAACAAGCACACCAGCGGCGAAUAAUUCAGCGGCCCCUGUCGCAUCAAUCUCUGAACUCGGCGACUUCCCUGGCAAGGAGGUCGGUGGAGGCGCCGAGACGCAACGGCUCACGUUUGAUAUGAGCUAAAACAAUGCGAUGUUCACACCUGUCCUGUCUGUACAGAAAUAGGAGAAGACUUGCGUAAUGUCACCGCUAACCAUGUCAGUCUUAGAGUUUUCCUGCUGUGCUGUUUGCUCCAAAUAAUUUUUGAAAAUAGUCGCAACAUAGCGAUGCAUAGGUCUUGCCCAAUGAUUCAGUAAUCAUUCUCUCCCUUGUGUUGUAGCAUUAAUUUUAUUUUUCCCUAAAAAUGUGGUAGGGAAAUGGACAAUGGACUUUCCAGAACUCCUUCGAAUAAUAUUUCUUUGCGCUUACCUUACAUGCUACAGGCUACAGAAAACUGCCAUGUCAAUCGUUUACUUCAAGAAGUACUUGGCUACAUAUACAUGCAUAGCUAUGAAAAUGAUAUUUUUCAGUUGACAGCAGUGUUUUGGUUUUUGUUUGUUUUGUUUCGUGCUCAUGUCAGCGAAAUCAUAUACUGAUAUAGUUUUCAUCCCGUUUUCUUGGGAAGAACAGUCUUUUGAAAUAGCUGGCUACUACGGUGGAGCGUUUUUUAGUAACAAGCACAAGCCAGCUCUGCUGAGAGGUUGCUUCACAGCUUUCAUGUGAUGUCUUUCUUUGAUACAAUCAAUCUAAGAAGCACCAACGCCAUAUUUUGUCACAUGCAAUAUCUGUGCCAGGUUUGAUCUGA